UCCGUUGCCUAAACACAUGGCCACGCCGGGGAUUCCGCCCAAGCACAUGGCUCGAGGUCAGGUCAAACCCGGCCGUUGCCUGCUCCCCCGCCGGAUCCAAGUCCUGGUUCAUAAGUGAGGACUAAGGAGAGAGAAAGACACCACGCUGCAGCUGCACCACACUGUCACUGCCGCAGGCAAAAGAGAAAGGAAACCAGUAAGGCUGCCUGCCGAUCGAGCAGCAGUUGUACAAGAAGCGAACGGGCUUUGGAGCAGAGGGAAAAAGCACCAAGACAAGCUAGGCAGGAUGCGUGCGCGGGCGGCAUUGGCAUCCGCGGCGGCGGUGCUUCUCCUCCUGGUGGACGGCUGCGGGUGUGCCAUGUACAAGGUGGGCGACCUCGACGCCUGGGGCGUGCCGCCGCCGUCCAAGCCCGACGUCUACAAGCGCUGGGCCAAGUCCGUCCACUUGGCGCUCGGCGACUCAAUCUGGUUUCUGUACCCGCCGAGCCAGGACUCGGUGCUGCAGGUCACGCCGCAGGCGUUCGCGGCCUGCGAGGUGUCCGACCCCGUGCUCAAGCUCGACGACGGCAACUCCGUCUUCAACCUCACCACGCCAGGCCGCUUCUACUACACCAGCGGCGCGCCGGGCCACUGCCGGAAGGGCCAGAAGCUCUGGGUCGACGUGCCCAUGGCCAACGGCACCUACCUGCCGCCCUCCGCCAACGACCUGGCAGCCCUCGCGCCCGCCGCGGCAGAGGCACCCACGGGAUUCCUGUCCGCGUCAGCUCCGGCCGGCGCGCACCCCUCGGCCGCGCUCCGGCCGGUCGCCGCCGCUGGAUCCGUCGUCGCUGCGGCUGCUCUCUCUUUCGCCGCCUCUCUCCUCCUGUGAUCGCUAGCUCCCUCGUCUCUUUCGCUUUUGAGAAUUCCAUUGGUUGAGGCAGAUGGGACAUUUGGAUGAUCAGAGCUUGGAUCUCCAAAAAAAAUUAUUGGUCUCUACUACUCUAGUAGUAUCUA